AUGACUGCUCCAGCAGUUUCCUCCAACGACAAGCCCUUUGAUAUUUCUCAGAUCCGGGCAUAUGUUCCCAUCGUCCUUGAUAUGGAGAAACUCAACUACGACAAGUGGUGUGAGAUCUUUGAGACUCACGGUCUGUGCUACAGUGUUCUCAGCCAUCUUGAUGGCUCAUGUCGCCCUUCUUCCAACACCGACACUGUCUGGAAAGACCGUGACAGAUUUGUUAAGAUGUGGAUCUACGGCACCAUCUCUAAGUCCAUUCUCGACACGGUCAUAAAGGCGAAGUGCUCUACUUGUGACUUGUGGCUCACGAUUGAAGCUCGCUUUUGCGACAACAAAGAAGGUAGGGCUCUUCAACUAGAGAACGAGCUUCACACAAUCACCAUCGGGGACCAGAGUGUUCAUGACUACUGCAAGAAGCUGAAGACUCUGUUCGACCUCCUUGCCAACGUUGACUCCCCGGUGACCGAUCGUGGUCUUGUGCUCCAUCUGCUUAACAGCUUAACCCAUAAGUUUUACAGUCUCAUUAACGUGAUCAAACAUCGUGAACCGUUCCCAUCGUUCUCGACUGCUCGCUCGAUGCUCAUCAUGGAAGAAGAGCGUCUCUCCAAACAAUAUCGUGUCACUCCCACCUCCCCUCAUCAACCCUCUAGUCCGGAUGUGCUGUUCACCUCGUCCAGUUCUGGCCCUCAUCCUCAAUACCAGCCCGGUUUCUCUUUCCGUGGCGGUCGUGGCCGUGGACGUGGCGGACGUAACAACCGUGGUGGACGCGGACGUCAUCACAACAGCUAUUGUCAUGGAUCUUCCCACUCGGAUCAAGCUACUUCGAUGUGA